GUUACCAAGGAACCAUAUUUGUUUACGUAUCGAUUAGUCAUUUGAUAAUGCAACGAGUUUAGUAGUAACGUUUUUAUCUAAAAGAGUCAAUAAUUCUCAUAAAUAUGGUAAAAAUAACAGUAGAUUUAGUUCGGAAGAGGGCAGAACACCAUGAUCGCCUUUUGGCACCACUAGAAGAAAUUGCAUUACACCAAGAAAACAUUGAAAAAAUCGAGUACUUACAAGACUGGUGUCCUAAAUUGAAAAUACUCCUGAUGCAAAGCAAUCUUAUUGCUAAAAUAGAAAAUCUGAAUAAAUUAAAGCAUUUGACGUAUCUCAAUUUAGCCUUAAAUAAUAUUGAAAUUAUCGAGAACCUGGAAAGGUGUGAAUCUUUACAGAAACUGGACCUUACUCUUAAUUUUAUCGGGGAAAUUGUAAGUGUGGAAAACCUAAUAGAUAACUAUAACUUAGAAAAUUUAUAUUUGACUGGAAAUCCUUGUACUGAUUAUGAUAACUACCGUGAUUUUGUUAUUGGCACAUUGCCUCAACUUUCAACUUUGGAUGGGAUAGACAUUGAGCGUUCAGACAGAAUUAAAGCUUUACAAAACUUAAAAAUAAUAAGGUCAGAUAUAUUAUUUGAGCAAGAUAAUUACAAAUGUCAAAGGACGAAGCAAAAGUCACGCCUUGAGCGAGAUAUUCAAGAAAAAUGGGAAAAAGAAUACAAAGCAAUGGAUCCUGAAGAAAGAAAUAAAAAAUUUUGGGCCGAAAAGUGUGAACACGCUCCUGAAGUGCGCCAUGAGAUUGAACGUAUGCGUCAACUAAAGGCUAAAAGUUAUGAAACAACAGAGAAAAAGGAAGAAAAACGGAUCUAUAACUUUUUUUCUCCCGAUGGGCGACCUUUUAAUAUUAACCAAGCAAAAAUUGAUUUUAAGUUUGACGACUCCCAAUCAGAUGUGUGUGUUCUUGAUUUAGCUGUCUAUAAACAUUUAGACACCAGUUUGAUUAAUGUUGAUGUUCAACCUAACUAUGUGAGAGUGAUGGUGAAAGGAAAAAUAUUUCAGCUCCACCUACCGGAAGAAGUGGACACUACUAACUCGAAGGCUGAGCGCUCUCAAAUAACCGGCCACUUGCUUGUCACAAUGCCGAAAGCGAAUGUCGUACUUUCAAAACCAAAGCAUGCUUUGUCCAAAUUAAGUACAGGUAAGCAUGCUCAAUUGUAUAGCGAACACCAAAAAGAUUGCGAGAAAAAUUCAGGUCAAAGUAAGCGUGAAUAUUUGGAAAUAGGUCCUGCUGAUAAUGUUUUAGAUUUUACUAAAAUGACUCGACCGAGUGCUACCCCGGAUUAUAUUGAUCAGCGAUUUAAAUUAAGAGUAAAACUACCACCUCCGGGUUUCGUGGACAAUCCCGAAGUUCCUGAUCUCAUUUAAGCUAAAAAUAUAUCUAUCUAAGGUGUAUAAAACAGUGUUUUUUUUUGUAUUUAUUUUAUAAAUUGCAUCUUAAUCUUUUUACAUCCUACUUUUCUGACACUUUUCUUAUAUGACCUCAAUUCUCACACUCAAAUACUUAUA